AUGGCUUCGUUCGCGCGCCCAUCGCUGCUCCGGCAGGCCCUUGCGACCUCUCGGUCGCCACUCCUGCGCCAGAAUGUCGGCGUGUCGCAGGUCGUCGCUUUCCACGCUUCCGCUCGGAAGCAGAUCCUGCCCCCCGAGCCUCAGUCGAUUCAAGGAACCAUGAACGACCCCGUUCCCGUUCCCGCACCUCACCCCGUUGAGGGCAGCUACCACUGGACUUUCGAAAGUGCUAAAAAGUGUGUCUUCAGAGCUGUCUGUGUCGGUCUGAUCCCCCUCAGCAUCGCUCCCUUCGCCGCCGGCUCCCUCAACCCCGUCAUGGACGCAAUCCUCUGCUCGCUGCUGGUUGCUCACUCGCACAUUGGUUUCCAGGCCGCCAUCAUCGACUACUUCCGCCCCCAGCGUGUGCCCAAGUUCAACGCGCUGUGCAACUGGCUCCUGCGCGCCUUCACCCUCACCACCGCGGUCGGCUUGUACGAGUUUGAGACAAACGACGUGGGUAUCACCGAGGCCCUACGCCGUAUCUGGAACGCAUAG